AUGUUCUCUGGCGGCGAUUCAGGCUCUCAUGUUUUUAAUGGCAUGUCUUUCCUUAAUACUGCUCAAAAGUCGACUCCUAGGUAUCAGAAUUCGCAAUGGGGAGGGGACUUUACUCCUUCCCCACUCGGGUCUUUGGGUUCUCCAUUAUCUGAAAGUCUGGAUCUAUUCAAUGACACAUCUCUGGCAGCAAUGCAACGGGUCACGCAGCCACCCUGCAACCCAUUUCAACAAGGCGCAUAUAUUUACAAAAACCAGCAACUCCAAUCAUUGCAUGAUCACUGCAAGACCUUGGAGAUGCAGAUAGUCAAGAUUACUGCUGAGCACGACACAAUACUGUCAAGUUUCCAACUGCUUGCAGGCACUGUACAGCUUCAUGAUGCAGAUCCCUUCAAGUUUAACACGACCUUCAUUUCACCAUCACGAGGAGAUCGGCCGAACUCUGAGACGCAUACCGACAUCAAAUUCUGGAAUAAAUCCGAAUAUCUUACAUGGCUCGAUUCACACGAGGCACAACUUGGCAACCGUGGUAAACUCCCUUACCUUGAGCAGGAGGAUGGCGACCCAGUGCAAGAUGACGAAAUUGAUGUGAUACACAAACUUUGCGGGGUGCAUUUUCUGAACUCAACAACCGGGGACUCGCUCCAAUGUGUUGGGACCCAUCCUAUCUUCAGGCUGGCCAACAACAGCUGGAAGCUGCAUUACCUCGCCAUGUCAUCCUAUCCCUCUUGGCAACGAAAUCACAUCGAGAAUGGUGCGAGUGAGAAUGGCAAGAAACGCAAGCAUUCAACGUCUUCCAUCAAGUUGGAGAUCAACGAGAAAAAAAUCAAGAUCGAUUCUUCAGUGUCUCCGAUCAUAGCAGACCCAGAAUUACCUGGAGCCAGUGCUUCGACAUCUCCUGCCACUGGAUCAUCUGGAUCGGACCCCACAGAACCUGUCUUGGAAUUGCCUGCAGCUGGUCCUUUGACAUCUCCUGCUGUAGAAUCACCUGGAUUAGACUCCACGGAACCUGUCCGAUUAGAGUUACCUACAGCUGGUCCUUCGACGUCUCUUGCCACAGAAUUGCCUGAGUUGGACCCCAAGGAACCUGUUUUAGACUCGGCUACAGCUGCCAGUGCUUCACCUUUGUCUCUCUUGCAAAAACUCAAUCAAGCAUUCGAAUCUUCUCCAUGUGCCGGCGCAUCCCUGCCUUUGCAACCACCUGUCCCGAAUUUUCCGCCAGUUGCUCCAUCUCCACUUGCACAGGAAAUCAAGAUUGUGAAUCCAUUAACUGCUAUCGCUCUUGCUGUGUCUCAAAUCAUUUUACCUCCACCGCCACCUGCUAAUCCAUCGCUCGAGUCUCCACCUGACACCACCAUCACUGUGAAGAAAGGUAAGAGCAGUGGGACCAAGAGCAGUACCAAGGGCAAGAUGUGUCCUAGCCAAACCAAAAAUGGACGGAACCUGUGCGCCUUACGUUGGUUAAAACAAACCAAGUUGAACGGCACGACCGAGGAGUUCAAUGCCUACUACAACUCCCUCACAUCAACACAACGCAUGGAAUAUGAUCAAGACACAGCGAAUUUGGUGGCAAGCAACGCAUGGAACAAGACUCACAACCAGUUCUCACUGGGACUGAUCAAUGAUGGUUCUGCUGCAGUUCUGAUUAAUGAAGCACUCACUCUGAAGCUCGGCCUACAUCAUAGGAAACUGCCGAAACCUGUCUCAUUCAAUGUCGCGCUUUCAGGAGAAAUGAAGGACUCCUUUGUAUUAUUGGAAUAUGUCAAUCUUUCAUGUACUUCUCUCGACUCUCGCUUUACUUCCCGCACUGUAUGUGCUAUCAUUGCGCCGCACCUCUGUAUGCCAUUGCUCCUUGGUGGGCCAUUCUUACAUCAUGACAAGGUCGUCAUCGACCAUGAUCUUCGUACUUGUAUCGCUAAGGAUGGUGGUUAUGAUCUUCUGAACCCACAGCCAACUAAAUGUAAGCCGUCGUUGACGCCAUCGCCUCUGAGGAUGCACGAACUUAGGAACGAGGUCGUGCGAGAACUCAAGUACAUUGUCAUAUCCCGUAUUCCGGACCUACAUCCGACAAUAUUCCCACGCCUCAUCCGGACCUUCGGACGCCCUAUCCAUGUCUCCAGUCCUCUACCCAUCCGGAUCCCUGCACCUCUGUACAUCCACAUCCGCACAUCCACAUCCAGAUCCCUUUACCUCCGUACAUCAGACCUCCAUACCUCUGCAGCUAGCCUGCAUCAUUCAUCCUUUGUCCUAUUGCCCUAA